AUGAAAGCAAAGGAGUAUCUUGCCCAGAAUCCUAGAUCAGCAUUUGCCAAAUUCUGUCGUGUCAAGUACUUACGAGUGGUUCAUCCCAAGAUGGAAACAUCGUUUUUCGGUAAUCUGAAUCAAAGAAACCUGGUUAAUGCAGGAGAGUUUCCAAGCUCAAAUUUCUUUGCUUCAUUUGCUGAAAUGGCUAAGAGGGUCUGGCUCCUGCAUUGCUUGGCCUUCUCCUUCAACCCCGAGGCUGCAAUCUUUCAAGUAAGCAAGGGAUGCCGAUUUUCAGAAGUCUACAUGGAAAGUUUAGCUGAGGAAGCGUUCCUUUCAACAGCAUCUGAACCACAAGUGGGGUUCACAGUUGUUCCGGGAUUCAAACUUGGUAAAACUGUUAUUCAAUGCCAAGUUUAUCUCUCUCAGUCACAAUCCACUCCAAGAAAGCGAAGGUAG